AGCCUCCCCUUUGCCCAAUCAUGUUCCACCUUUAACAAUGGCAUUUUGGUAAACUGCAUGGACCAACCACCACUUCUCUGUUUAUGUACUAAAUGCCUCAUCAUGUACACGAAGACAACAAGCUCAGACAGAACUCUUCCUGGCAAGUCGGAGAACUAAUCGCCGACAUGUCUCCGGCAGCCAAACUAAACGUGCCACUCUUACCGGAACACAAACCUGCGCUGAGGCAUGCAUCGGUAAGUGGGGCGGUGUUCAACGUGUCAACGAGCAUAAUCGGUGCCGGCAUCAUGUCCAUUCCGGCCACGCUUAAGGUCCUCGGUGUUAUACCUGCGUUUUUGCUGAUCCUGGUUGUUGCUUUGUUGACUGAUGUGUCGGUGGAGUUCUUGGUGAGGUUUACACACUCGGGUGAUGCAACAACCUACGCCGGUGUAAUGAAGGAAUCUUUUGGUCGGGUGGGAUCGACGGCCACACAAGUUUGUGUUAUGAUUACUAAUCUUGGGUGUUUGAUCAUGUUCCUGAUUAUCAUCGGGGACGUCCUCUCUGGAAAUCAGCCUGAAGGAGUAGUGCACUUGGGCAUUUUGCAGAAAUGGUUUGGCAUUCACUGGUGGAAUUCGCGGGAAUUCGCCCUCCUAGUCACCGUUGCUUUCAUUUUGCUUCCAUUGGUCCUGUUACGCCGUGUAGAAUCGCUGAAGUUCAGUUCAGCAAUAUCGGUUCUACUUGCAUUGGUGUUUGUUGGCAUAAGUUCUUUGAUGGCAAUCCUUGCACUCGUGGAAGGGAAAGCAAAGAGCCCGAGACUGCUACCUCACUUGGACAACCAAGUCUCCUUCUUUGACCUUUUCACCGCAGUUCCUGUCAUUGUGACAGCCUUCACAUUCCAUUUCAAUGUUCACCCAAUUGGGUUCGAGCUUGGUAAGCCUUCUGAUAUGAUGAAAGCAGUUCGAAUAUCACUAGUGCUUUGUGCUGCCAUAUACUUUUCCAUUGGCCUCUUUGGGUACCUUUUGUUUGGGGAUUCCAUCACGUCUGAUAUACUUGUCAAUUUUGAUCGGAAUUCGGGUUCAGCAAUUGGUUCGUUACUAAAUGACAUUGUACGGUUGAGCUAUGCACUACAUGUCAUGUUGGUGUUUCCUCUUUUGAACUUCUCAUUGAGGGCCAACAUAGAUGAGUUCCUUUUCCAGAAGAAGCCCCUAUUGGCCACAGACACCAGAAGAUUUCUAUCCCUCACCCUUGUUCUGCUACUCAUCUCUUACCUGGCUGCAAUUGCCAUACCAAAUAUAUGGUACUUUUUUCAGUUCCUUGGAUCAACCUCUGCAGUCUGCCUGGCCUUCAUCUUCCCUGGUGCUGUUGCUCUCAGGGAUGUUCAUGGUAUAUCAACAGAAAGGGAUAGGAUUAUGGCAGCAAUAAUGGUAAUCCUGGCUGUAGUAACAAGCACAAUUGCCAUUUCCUCCAAUAUACACACUUUAUUUGGAAACAAGUCAUAGUCCCCCCACAAUCAUUUUGGGUAUACUUGAGGUGUUUGUAUUUUUGUGUUUCUUCAAAUUUUGUUGUCUUUUAGAAUCCAACAGCAAGUCGAUUCAAAUCUUUUGACAACAAGAGUGCUGUUUGGAUUGCUCAUAAUUCAGUCGUUCGUGAACGCACUAAACAUAUUGAGAGUGAUUGUCAUCUUACUCGUCAUUGACAUCAGCAUGGCACCAUCUCAAUCCCCUUUGUCUCCUCUACUUUGAAGUUGGCAAAUUUCUUCACAUAGUCCCACACUAUUGAGUGCUUCUAGUUUUUUUUUUGGUAAACUCUCGAAGCUUCUCGUCGCCCCAUCUCAUUGUGAGUUUGAGGGGAUGUUAGAGAAUAUAUGUAUUAAAAAAUAGAGGUACAUACUAAGGGUAUUUUAUUCUUGGUAUCGCCUUAAAUUAUUUUUGUUUGUUGUGUCUUGUUCUCUGUAUAGAACAUUAUGCGAAUAUGAAAACAGAGCAACCAGCGUGCAGAUGUUGCUCUCAUUCUCUCCUUUUA